AUGGAGACCCCCGAGGACGCCCCAGAGACCACCGUUCCAGAGCCCCCUUCAUGUGACGUCUCCGUCCAUUCAACACAGCAUGUGACGGCCACAGAUAUGUUUCACCCCGCUGGGACCUCGCUCUCUCUCUUGCUGGUGGCCAUCGCUCUCGUAGAAGGCACGUGCGUCGUUGACCAGGAAGGGAAAGUCGCCAACUGCAAGGGGCUGCAGCUUCACCGAGUUCCGCUGACUCUCCCUCGUGACGUGGAGGUGCUGGAUCUCUCGUACAACAGGCUCAGGAACAUACGAACGGGAGACUUCUACGCCUACGCCAAGCUACGCUCAUUGGACUUGAGCUUCAACAACAUCUCGACGAUAGACAAUGAUUCGUUCGCCUCGAACGUGCAUCUCAGGAACCUGAGUCUGUUUAAUAACACCCUCUCGGAGAUGCCUUCUCUGCUUCUAGAACCUCUGAAGUACUUGGAGGUCCUCGAUAUGUCGAAUAACUUCUACACCUAUGCCACCCUCGGGAAUGUGUUCAAGAACUUGGUGAACCUAAAGGACUUGUCCAUCGGCGGCCCACUGAUCCCGACAAUCUUGAAAGGUGACUUUGCUCCUAUAAAGGAUAUAGCUCUGAAUCGCUUUGCCCUGAAGACCAAGUCCAGCUUAGAAGGUUAUGAAGUCGGAGCGUUCUCCGCCGUGAAUACGAGCGUUCUCUGGUUCGACAUGGCUCUGGAUAACCACGCACAGGCUCUGCCGCUCAUCCUGAAAGACCUGGCCGGGAAGUCCUUCAACACCAUCCGUUUCCGCAAUUUGUUUGAGUUCACUUAUUACAUGGAAGGCGCGGAUAUAUUCUCCGGCCUGGCGCACGUCCAUACCCAUGAGCUGGUGUUUUUUCGAGGGAAAUUCAACGAGUACCUCCUUCGACUGGUCUUGGGGAACGUUCAGAUGUCUUCAAUCAGAAACCUCCUGCUGCUGUCCAUCGACUUCGCCCGUUCUCCAAACUCCAACUGGACCGAUGCGCGAAUCGAGGAUCUGUCGCUGAACAACUUGGUCAUAAAGGAUGUUACCAACCCGGAUAUUUUACGAUUCGAUUGGACGUUUACCUGGUUCAGCAAAAUCGUUAAUUUGCACAUCAUCAACGUUAACUUCAAUUUUGUCCCUUGUGACGCUUGGGGCCAAAUGGGAAACGUAGAGGCCCUGAACAUAUCCGAAAACCGUCUCCUCGGAACGUAUCUCUACAACCCACGGUGCAAUUAUAAAAUGUUACCCCGAAUCACCACUUUUAACGCCAGUAACAAUCUUUUGGACAGCCUCAACACCGUCUCUCUCUUGACGGCCAGCUGGAUAAAGCUUUCCGUCGUUGACCUUAGUUUUAACAGAAUCGGAGGCCUUCGUGAGGUUUGCACAUGGACGCCGACAAUAACCUCUAUGAGUUUGAAGGGCAACCUACUGCAGGUAAACGUCUUCCUAUGCUUGCCUUUAACUCUACAAUAUCUGGACAUGUCGAAUUCCCACCUGGAUCGACUAGACAUGACUUACUUCAACCGGGCCCUGGACCUGCGGGAACUUAUUCUCAGUAACAACAAAAUCAAAUUCAUACCCUCUGGUUGGAAAAGCCCAAACCUCCGAGUCUUGGCUCUUGAAGGCAACUCUUUUGGCGUCAUCGACAAAGGGUCUUUCCAGCAUUUGUACCGGUUAGAACACUUGAGUGCAGGAAACAAUCCUUACCAUUGCACCUGUGAUCUGCAUGCCUUCAUCAGGGAGACGCUCUCGGAUAGCAAUUUAUCGCUUAUCGAUUGGCCACAUGGCUACUACUGCUACCACCCAGAGUACCUCCUGGACACAAAGGUUGAGCACUACAGCCCUAGCCAACUACAGUGUGAUGUGAGGUUGGUGGUGGCCAUAUCUGUCUCGGUGACGGCCGUGCUGGUCAUCAUCUGCAUGUUGUUGUGCUGGAAGUUUGAUGUUCCCUGGUACCUGAGGGCCACGUGUCACAUUAUUCAGUCAAAAUACCGCUCUAGAAAAAAUGGCGACAGCAAAGACUACAACUACCAUGCUUUCAUCUCCUACAGCUGUUCUGACGCAGACUGGGUUAGGGGGGUGCUGCUUCCACGGUUGGAGGGCUCCACUCCACCCUACAGCGUGUGCAUACACGAAAGGGACUUCCUACCCGGGAAAUGGAUCAUAGACAACAUCAUCGAGAACAUUGAGAACAGCCGCAAGGUCAUCUUUGUGUUGUCUCGCAGCUUUGUCAACAGCGAGUGGUGCAACUACGAGCUGUACUUUGCCCACCAGAGAGCCAUCGGCCACGCGUUCGACGAUGUCAUCCUGGUGGUCAAGGAGGACAUCCGCUUGGAGGAUCUGCCCAAAAAGUUCUACAGGCUACGGAAAAUGCUAAACACCAAAACCUAUCUGGAAUGGCCUCCUGAGCAGAACCGGCAGCAGUUCUUUUGGGUCCAGCUGAAGACUAUUCUAGGUCAAGCAAACCCCGUUUCUGUAGGACAGGACGGUCUUUCCGUGGUCAACGAAACCACGGUGGACGUUCAGCCAGAGCCCUCCGCUGCUUCUACCUCAUCAGGCAGCACCAAAAUAUUUCCUGGUGGGUGACCCCCGAAGAACUAGGGUCUCCCAAUGUAUUCAUUUCAUCACCUGUGACGUUG